AUGAUUUGGUAUGUGGCCACUUUGAUAGCAAGUGUGAUCAGCACCCGAGGUCUUGCGGCUCAAGGUGCCCACGGCCUGCGAGAGGAACCCGAGUUUGUGACUGCUCGAGCCGGUGAGGGUGUUGUCCUGAGAUGCGACGUAAUCCAUCCAGUGACGGGACAGCCCCCGCCCUACGUUGUAGAGUGGUUCAAGUUUGGGGUCCCCAUCCCUAUCUUCAUCAAGUUUGGCUACUAUCCCCCACACGUGGACCCUGAGUAUGCAGGCCGGGCCAGUCUUCACGACAAAGCAUCGCUGCGGCUGGAGCAGGUGCGCUCGGAGGACCAGGGCUGGUACGAAUGCAAAGUCCUCAUGCUGGACCAGCAGUAUGACACAUUCCACAACGGCAGCUGGGUCCACCUCACCAUUAAUGCCCCCCCCACCUUUACAGAAACACCCCCCCAGUACAUUGAGGCCAAGGAAGGUGGAAGUAUUACCAUGACUUGCACUGCUUUUGGGAACCCUAAGCCCAUUGUCACCUGGCUCAAGGAAGGGACCCUCCUCGGUGCUAGUGGAAAGUACCAGGUGAGUGACGGCAGCCUGACAGUGACAUCGGUCAGUCGGGAAGACAGAGGCGCCUAUACCUGCCGAGCAUACAGCAUCCAGGGUGAGGCUGUGCACACAACUCAUCUGCUUGUUCAAGGGCCACCCUUCAUUGUUUCCCCUCCUGAGAACAUCACCGUCAACAUCUCCCAGGAUGCUCUGCUUACCUGCAGGGCAGAGGCAUAUCCUGGCAACCUCACCUACACCUGGUACUGGCAGGAUGAGAAUGUCUACUUCCAGAAUGAUCUGAAGCUAAGGGUGCGGAUCCUGAUUGAUGGGACGCUGAUCAUCUUUCGAGUGAAGCCAGAGGAUGCUGGAAAGUAUACCUGUGUCCCUAGCAACAGCUUGGGGCGCUCCCCUUCUGCCUCGGCAUACCUGACUGUGCAGUACCCAGCCCGUGUCCUCAACAUGCCCCCUGUCAUUUAUGUGCCCGUGGGAAUCCAUGGCUAUAUCCGCUGUCCUGUGGAUGCAGAGCCACCCGCUACUGUGGUGAAGUGGAAUAAGGAUGGCCGACCACUGCAGGUAGAGAAGAACUUGGGGUGGACCUUGAUGGACGAUGGCUCUAUUCGCAUUGAGGAGGCCACAGAGGAGGCUCUUGGCACUUACACCUGUGUGCCUUACAACACCCUGGGGACUAUGGGCCAGUCUGCCCCUGCACGGCUUGUCCUAAAGGACCCCCCGUAUUUCACGGUGCUACCAGGCUGGGAGUACAGGCAGGAGGCUGGCCGGGAGCUACUCAUUCCCUGCGCAGCUGCAGGGGACCCCUUCCCUGUCAUCACCUGGAGGAAGGUAGGGAAGCCCAGCAGAAGCAAGCACAACGCCCUGCCCAGCGGGAGUCUCCAGUUCCGUGCCCUGAGUAAGGAGGACCACGGGGAGUGGGAAUGUGUUGCCACCAAUGUGGUCACAAGCAUCACUGCCAGCACGCACCUCACUGUCAUCGGCACCAGUCCCCAUGCCCCAGGCAGUGUCCGGGUCCAGGUCUCCAUGACAACUGCCAAUGUGUCCUGGGAGCCAGGCUAUGAUGGAGGCUAUGAGCAGACAUUCUCAGUUUGGUACGGACCUCUGAUGAAGCGGGCUCAGUUUGGGCCCCACGACUGGCUGUCCUUGUCAGUGCCACCGGGCCCCAGCUGGUUGCUGGUAGACAGCUUGGAGCCUGAGACCGCAUACCAGUUCAGUGUCCUGGCCCAGAACAGGCUGGGAACCAGCGCCUUCAGUGAGGUGGUCACUGUGAACACUUUAGCAUUCCCCGUUACAACUCCAGAACCCCUGGUGCUGGUGACCCCACCAAGGUGCCUCACAGCCAACCGGACCCAGCAGGGUGUGCUCCUGUCCUGGCUCCCACCUGCCAACCACAGCUUCCCCAUUGACCGCUAUAUCAUGGAGUUCCGAGUUGGGGAACGCUGGGAGAUGCUGGAUGAUGCCAUUCCAGGCACGGAUGGAGACUUUUUUGCCAAGGAUCUGUCACAGGAUACGUGGUAUGAGUUCCGGGUUUUGGCUGUCAUGCAGGAUCUGAUCAGCGAGCCCAGCAACAUCGCCGGCGUCUCCAGCACAGACAUCUUCCCACAGCCGGACCUGACUGAUGAUGGACUGGCCCGGCCGGUGUUGGCUGGGAUAGUGGCCACCAUUUGCUUCCUGGCAGCUGCCAUCCUCUUCAGCACUCUGGCUGCCUGCUUUGUCAACAAGCAGCGGAAGCGCAAGCUCAAGCGGAAGAAAGAUCCUCCGCUCUCCAUCACUCACUGUAGGAAGAGUCUUGAGUCUCCCUUGUCCUCGGGCAAGGUGAGUCCUGAGAGCAUCCGCACUCUCCGAGCCCCAUCUGAAUCCUCUGACGACCAGGGCCAGCCUGCAGCCAAGAGGAUGCUGAGCCCUACAAGGGAAAAAGAGCUGUCCUUGUACAAAAAGACCAAGAGGGCUAUCAGCAGCAGGAAGUAUAGCGUGGCCAAGGCUGAAGCUGAGGCUGAGGCCACCACACCCAUUGAGUUGAUCAGCAGAGGUCCCGAUGGCCGCUUCGUCAUGGGCCCUUCUGAGAUAGAGCCCUCGGUGAAGGGCCGGCGAAUUGAGGGCUUCCCCUUCGCUGAGGAGACCGACAUGUACCCCGAGUUCCGGCAGUCAGACGAGGAGAAUGAAGACACACUGGUGCCCACGUCUGUGGCUGCUCUGAAGCCUCAGCUGACCCCUAUGUCUUCCAGCCAGGACCCUUACCUGCCACCACCAGCAUACAGCCCUCGGUUCCAGCCUCGUGGGCUCGAAGGCCCCAGUGGACUGGGAGGACGGCUCCAGGCUACUGGCCAAGCGAGGCCCCCUGCCCCUCGGUCCUUCCACCACGGCCAGUAUUAUGGGUACUUGAGCAGCAGCAGCCCUGGGGAGGUGGAGCCUCCACCCUUCUAUAUGCCAGAAGUGGGCAGCCCCUUGAGCUCGGUCAUGUCUUCCCCACCCCUGCACACUGAGGGGCCUUUUGGCCACCCCACCAUCCCUGAGGAAAAUGGAGAGAAUGCUUCCAACAGCACUUUGCCCUUGACUCAGACACCUACAGGAGGGCGCUCCCCUGAGCCCUGGGGCCGGCCAGAAUUUCCCUUUGGGGGACUGGAGACCCCAGCUAUGAUGUUCCCCCAUCAGCUGCACCCCUGUGAUGUGGCCGAGAGUUUGCAGCCCAAGCCCUGCCUGCCCCGAGGACUGCCCCCAACCCCCCUCCAGGUGCCUGCAGCCUAUCCAGGCAUGCUGUCUCUGGAGACGCCAAAAGGCUGGGUUGGCAAGUCACCUGGCAGGGGCCCCAUCCCGGCGCCCCCUGCCACCAAGUGGCAGGACAGACCUAUGCAACCUCUGGUCAGCCAAGGGCAGCUAAGACAUACCAGCCAAGGUAUGGGGAUACCGGUGUUGCCUUACCCCGAGCCAACCGAGCCCGGGGGGCACGGUGGACCCAGCACAUUUGGCCUGGAUACCCGGUGGUACGAGCCCCAGCCCAGGCCCCGGCCCAGUCCCCGGCAGGCCCGGCGUGCCGAGCCCAGUUUACAUCAAGUGGUGCUACAGCCCUCCCGGCUCUCACCUCUGACCCAAAGCCCCCUCAGUUCCCGCACUGGCUCCCCUGAGCUCGCUGCUAGAGCCCGACCUCGACCAGGCCUACUGCAGCAGGCUGAGAUGUCAGAGAUUACCCUCCAGCCGCCAGCCGCCGUCAGUUUCUCUCGCAAGUCCACACCGUCCACCGGAUCUCCUUCACAGAGCAGCCGCAGUGGGAGCCCCAGCUACAGACCCACCAUGGGCUUCACCACUCUGGCCACAGGCUACCCUUCUCCUCCACCGGGACCUGCCCCUCCGGCCCCAGGGGACAACUUGGAUGUGUUUGGACAGACGCCUUCCCCUCGGAGAAUGGGGGAGGAGCCACUCCGGCCAGAUCCCCCAACAACCUUACCUAGUUCAGGAAUACUUCCACCUGCACCCGGGAACGCUGCUGUGCCUGAGAGGCUGGAGGCUCUGAGAUACCAACGGAUAAAGAAGCCCAAAAAGUCAUCCAAGGGCUCUUCGAAGUCAAAGAAACGAUCCGACGGUUCUGCCUCCCAGGCUCAGCAGCUUCCCAACUCUCAGGUUCUGUCGCCCGACGAAGCUGUCUGCCUCCGAAAGAAGAAGAGACAUUCUCGUCCUGAUCCCUUUGCCCGACUUUCGGACUUAUGCCACCGUCAGCUUCCAGAAGACCAGACGGCGAUCCUCAACAGCGUGGAUCAUGAUGACCCAGGCCACGCCACUCUGCUAUGA